AUGAAGCUUUCCUGCGUCUCCGUUGGAGACUUUGGUUUGACUCGUCCAGUGAGACAGCAGCAGCCUGCAGCUGAACAAGAGGGGGGCUCCCCUCUUGGGGGCCCCCCUCUUGGGGGCCCCCUUGCAGGGGGCCCCCCUCUUGGGGGGCCCCCUGGGGGCCCCCAACCCCCUUUGGGGGCCCCUAUGUUUGGCCAGUUGUUGAAUAAUUCGCUGAGCAAAGGCGUGGGGACGGUGCACUAUAUGGCUCCUGAGCAAGCUAACAGCACCCAGUACGGGCAAAGCGCCGACAUAUUUUCUUUAGGGGUUUGUAUAUUUGAGCUCUGGGCUGUCCCCUUUCCUACAGCAAUGGAGAGGUCUUUAGUAUUAGGGGCCUUAUCGCACCAAAGCAGCACUUGGCUGCUGCAGCAGCGGUUGCUGCUGCAGCAGCAGCUGCUGCUGCAGCAGCUGCAGCAGGAGGAGGAAGAAGACCAAGAGGAGGGUGCGCUGGAGGCAGAGCAGCAACAGCAGCAGCAGCAGGAAGAGGAGGGGCUCCUCGAACAAGACGAACAACAGCAGCAGAAGGAGCAGCAGCAGAAGCAGCAGCAGCUACAUGAGCAGCAAUUACUGCUGGAGGAGAUGGAUUUGUUGAAGCGGCAGCAGCGUCAGCAGCAGAAGCAGAAGAAAGCCCGUGACAAGCAGGAGCGUGCUGCAGGGCGUGCAAGAGCAGCAGCAGCAGCAGCAGCAGCAGCGGGAGCAGCAGCAGCAGCAGCAGCAGGAGAAGAAGAAGAGGCGUUCGAUCUCCUAGGAUUCUUAUCUUGCUAUGUCCCCAGAGUCGUUGCUUUGCUGCUAACCCCGCUGCUGCAGCACAACCCUAAUAAUAGGCCGGAAGCUCGAGAUGUUUUAGCUGCCGACUUUUUUCUUUCGCCGCCUUCACGAGAAUUAAUAUUACCUUUCUAUGCAGCAGCGCUUAAAGGCCUGGCUAAACCCCAGCAAAGCAUUAACCUCUUUAAAGACCCUGAAACCAUCUCCCCCUUCACACCCGUGCUUCACCUGCUGCGCGAGUCUCCCUUUGGGCCAGAGGCUGUGCAGACAGUCGCCCAUUUGCUGCGGCAGGCGGUGCCUCUUCAAAGGGUUAUUGAUUUUUAUUCAUUUGAGUCUUAUAAACUCACCCUCCCUGGGGGGCCUCAAGCAGUGCAGCUGCGGCAGUGUCUAUUGGAUUUGCUGCUGCAGCAUGCGCAGCAGCUGCUGCAGCAGCGGGGGGCCCCCUUAAAGCAGUUUCCUGUGCUGCUGCCUUGUGGAGCUCAAGCCCCUAAACCCCUCGCUCACAUGCAAAGCUGUGAAGACCGCAAGGAGACAUCUACUGGAGGGACGUUACGUGGAUAUCCUCCGCCGCGUUUAUCUGCUGCUGCUUCUGCUGCUCUUUGUCUGUCUGCUGGGGUUUUUAGACCCCUUGAAGUGCCGCUGCUGCGGCCUGCUGCAGCGCCUACUGGGCCUCCACAGACACGCAGCAGCAGCGCUAGCAGCAGCAGCAGCAGCAACAGCGCUAGCAGCAGCAACAGCAGCAGCAGCAAGGCGGGGAGGGAGCUGCAGCAGCUACCAGACCUCUUCAUUCCUUAUAACUGUCUUUCUCUUUAUGCUGGAGUUGCAAUCAGCGACCUUCAUGCUGCUGCUGCUGGUGCUGCUGCUGACGUUGCAGCCAGUGCAGCAGAGACAGCAGCAGCAGCAGCAGCUGCUGCUGCUGCUGCGGAGAUGCAGGCUGAAUCCUGCGCAGCUGCUGCUGCUGCCGCUGCUGCACCGCCCCAAGAGUCCCUUGGGGCGCACCCACCUGAAGGUAGCAGCAGCAGCAGCAGGAACAGCAACAGCAACAGCAACAGCAGCAGCAGGAGCAACAGCAGCAGCAACAGCAGCAGCAGCAACAGCAACAAGCCCCAGGUUCCGCUAGAUGUGCACUCUACGGAGGAAGCAGCGAGUGCAGCAGCAGCGAGUGCAGCUGCAGCUGCAGCAGCAAGCGCAGCAGCUGCAGCAACAGCAGAAACCGCAGCAGCAGCAGCAAACAGAGAAGCAGCACUUGGUUUGUGUCUACCUGGUGCGGUGUAUAGGCUGCUGGGUGCUGCAGCGACUCCUAUGCUGCUACCCUAUGCAGUGCUUCCAGCAGCAGCAGCAGCAGCACAAGCAGCAGCAACAACAGCGCCCCCCAGCAGCAGAUGCCCUGUGCAGAAGGCCUGCUACAUAGGUUGCAGCUACCGCAGCAGCAGGAAGCAGCCGCUGCAGCAGCAACCUGAAGCAUCCUUAUCUUGCGUUUAUUUGCUGCUGCUGCAUAUACCCUCAUUGAGGGUGUGGGCCUCCUCGCUAGAGUUUUCAUCAGGUGUAUUGGCUGCUUAUUUUGAGGCUGAUGCUGCUGCUGCUGCAGCAGAUAUCUUAGCCCCUGCUGCUGCUGCUGCUGCUGCUGCAGCAAAAGAACCCCACGAACACUUCGCACUCAUCUGGACAUGCUCUGCAUUCCUCCCUGUCAUACUCGAAUUCGCCUUUGACGUGCCGCCUGAGUCGGUGCUGUCUCUGGAUGGGUGGCUGCGAGCUGCUGCUGCUGGGGGGUUGCUGACAGAAGAUUUGCUGCUGCAGCAGCUGCAAGCAAUAGAAGCAACACGGUUGAGCGCCCCUUUGGAGGCCCCUUCAGAGGAGCUGCAGGAGCAGCAGGAGCAGGAGCAGGAGCAGCAGCAGCAGCAGCAGCAGCAGCAAACGGCGAAGAGGUUGGUGGAUCUAGAACCGUCCCCUGAACUCAGAAGCAGAUGCAGCAGACUCUGGAACCUGCUCACUCUCCCUUACGAAAAUGCUGCGGAGUUCGUUUCGCAUGCAAGGCUUUUGCUGCGACAGCAGGAAGUAGAAGAGCUGUCUAUGGCUUCAUCUGCUGCUGCUGCUGCUGCUGAUGGUGAUGGUGAUGCUGCUGAAGAAGACUUGGGGGGGGUGCCGCUGCAGCAGUGCGUGGAGGAGCAGCUGCAACGGCUGCUGCUGCUGCAGCAUUUGCUGCAGGAGAUAGAGGGCUUCCAGCAGCAGCAGCAGCUGCACUUCGAGUUGCUGCUGCCGGUUGAUCGCAGCAGCUACAACUCAGGCUUCUUUUUCUGUAUUCUGGGGUCCACGCUGCAGCAGCAGCAGCAGCAGCAGCAAUCCACCAAGCAGCAGCAGCAGCAGCAGCACAAGCAGCAACAGCUCCACAACAGACUGCACCAGCAAUUGCACCAGCAGCAGCAGCAGCAGCAACAGCAGCAGCAGCAGCAAACGAAAUUUAGAGAGGUUCUCGCUGUGGGUGGGAGGAGUGAUGGGUUAAUACGCCAAGCAGAAGAUCAUGAUGGGCCAGCAGCAGCAGCAGCAGCAGCUGCUGCUGCUGCUGCUAUUAGCGUAGAGGUCGACAUCGACUGUCUCUGUUCGCGGCUGCUGCAAAUCCAGCAGCAGCAUCUUGACUCCCCUGCAGCAGCGGCAGCUGCUGCUGCUGCUGCUGCAGCGCUCACGCCAGUCUGGAGCGAAUCCAGCAGCAGCAGCAGCGCCAGCAGCAGCAACAGCAGCAGCGCCAGCAGCAGCAAACGCGGCAGCGCCGACACAGCGAGCAGCAGCAGCAGCAGCAGUGCGAGUAGCAGCACUAGCAGCAGCAGCAGCAGCAGCCACUGCAUGGGUAACAACAGCAGCAGCAGCAGCAUCCAAGAUGUUGCUGCUGGCUGGGCCCUGCCUCAAGUGCUGCUGUGCGUGCAGCAGCAGCAGCAGCAGCAGCAGCAGCAGCAACCGCUGCUGUUGCAUGCAGCAUUUCAUUUGCGUGCGUUGCUGCUGAAGCACGGACUGAAGGAGUUCAGCCGCAUAGAAGAAGUUCUCGUGUUUCUCCUUUCGAAGUCUUCAACUGUCUGA